AUGGAGGUGAAUCAUGAACAAAUAUUAGAACUAAGGGUGAAAUUAAUUUAGAGGCAAACAAAGGAGCUUAAAGAUAAAUUGCAGAAAGAAAAAGAAGAGCAGGUCAGAAAUAAUUAGAAAGCAAAAAGCGCGGGUAUUCAAUUCGUAGUUGAAAAACACUCAAAAAUUUAUUUAAAGUAAGUUUUAUUCAGAAAGCCUGCGCUACUGGAAGAGGAAGAUUUUGACAGAGUUUUAGUGAAUAGGAAGUUUAUCAAACUAAGUCAAGUUCAAGAUCUAAUAACUCCAGAAACAGUUCUCGAGCAGGAUUGGGUUACUGUUGGUAUAAUUGUUCUCAAAUCUGAAGUAAAAAAGGCUAAAAACAAUACCAGCUUCAUUAUUUUCACCUUAGGAGAUCUUGAAGGUCACGAAAUUAGAUUUUUCUUGUUUGGAGAGGCUCAUAAUACUUGGUGGAAUCUGCCUGUAGGAGAAGUUAUCGCUCUCUUGAAUCCUUCACCUUUUCAAGGCAAAGACAACAGCUUAUCAUACAAUAUUGAAAAGCCUGGAAUGCUGCUCAGAAUUGGAGUUUCACUGUAUUAUGACAAAUGCAAUGGUUUUAUAGGUAAUAAAAGAUGUGAAGGGUACGUUAACAUCAAAUAUGGAAGAGUUUGUGGGCUGCACUCAAGGCCAAAAAUUAAAAGUCUUAGGCCUGAGCUCGCGAAAGCUGAUUUUGUGCCUAAUAAAAGAGAAAAAGUUGGGCCGCCUAAAAAGCAUAAUUUGCCAAGGCAUGUGUAUGAGCCGAAACCUUCAGAAUUCACACAGUUAGAUCGAUAUUUAGCACUGAGGAAUAAGCAAAGCAAGGAAUAUGUUAAGCCUGUCGAAAUUGAAGUAAAUAAUGAAGAAGUUGAUGAAAAAAUUGCAAACGAGUUAAAAAGGAAAUUUAUUGAGAAAGAGCAAAAUAAUGACACAGCUCUUAAAAGAUUUAAGCCAAAUGAAAUUUAA